AUGAUACUCAACGUCUCGUCCUCCGCGGCUUUCGAAGACUUUACUGCGAGCGAGGUCCGGGCUGAUAAUGCUGAGAUGGUUGCUGGUUGCUGCACGGGAGUUCAGGGCCAGUGUGCCUGCAACAAUCCCUCUGUCAAUUCUGCUCAAGCGCUCAUCAAGGACGAUAUCCGUGCAGAGACAAUCGAUGGGGGGUACCGAUUUGACUUCGACGCCGACGUGGAACCAGCGUGA